AUGGCUGCAGCUCAACCACAAUACGCAUCGGCGUCCCUCUACGUCGGUGAUUUGGCCCCUGAGGUCAACGAAACGAUGCUUUUUGAAAUCUUCAACGCAAUCGGUCCGGUAGCGUCAAUCCGCGUUUGCCGCGAAUCUGGCUCCCGCAAGUCGCUGGGCUAUGCUUACGUCAAUUAUCACAACAUCAAUGACGCUGAACGUGCUCUUGACACGUUGAACUUCACCACAGUCAAGGGUGUCCCCUGUCGAAUUAUGUGGAGUCAUCGCGAUCCUUCCUUGCGAAAAUCAGGAGCUGGGAAUAUUUUCGUCAAAAAUCUUGACAAGUCCAUUGAUAACAAAUCCCUUUACGACACUUUUUCUCUCUUCGGUAACAUACUUUCUUGCAAAGUAGCGACUGAUGAAUAUGGAAAAUCGCGGGGGUAUGGAUUCGUUCACUAUGAAGGAGAAGAAUCUGCCAAAGCGGCAAUUGAAAAGGUCAAUGGAAUGCUGAUCGGGAGUAAGCAUGUCUAUGUUGGACCUUUCAAAAGACGCAAUGAACGUCUAACGACGCGGUCCGAAACGUUUACCAAUCUUUAUGUUAAACAUUUUCCCGAAGUUUGGACCGAAGAUAUUCUUCGAACCGUUUUUAGUCCUUUCGGAGAGAUAACAAGCUUAGCAAUCACAACUGAUAACAAAGGGCGUCGAUUUGGUUUCGUCAACUACGAGAGCUGUGAUGCUGCCAGGGCUGCAGUCAAUGAAAUUCAUGGAAAAAAAAUCGCUUCUGACCAAAGCGACGAUAAGCCGAACGAUGUACCAAAGAAGACUGAAACGAAACCGGAUGCCGCAACUGAGGAAUCCGCGGAAGACGAGAAGAAACCCGUGGAUGAUGAUGCGAAAUCAGACUCCAGCAAGGACACUGAAGACACCAGCCGUUUAUACGUCCAACGAGCAAUGACAAAGGCAGAACGUAUAGCACUAUUGAAGGAACAAUUCACCACCAAUAAUGCAGAAAAACAAAAACAAUCGGGCGUCAAUUUGUACGUCAAGAAUCUCGACGACCAAGUGAUUGACGAUGCACUUCGUGAGGCAUUUUCCAAGUAUGGAACAGUCACCUCUGCAAAAGUCAUGCGGGACGAGGCCGGUGUCUCGAAGGGCUUCGGGUUCGUUUGUUUCGCUUUCCCGGAAGAUGCGACGAAAGCGGUCACUGCGAUGCAUCUCAAGAUCUUCAUGGGAAAGCCUCUUUACGUCGGUCUUGCUGAAAAGCGGGAUCAUCGAAUUGCACGCCUGCAGCAUCGCUUCCGUACCACUCGGUCGUCUGCCCCAAUGAUGAGCGGAGGAUCCCAAAUGCCCCAAAUGAUGCACCCAUAUGGCCCACCGAUGUACUAUGGCGGAGCGCAAGGUCCAAUGUCGUCUCAGCGUCCGGUGGGUGGCCCUGGUAUGGCACCACCAAAUAGCGGAAAUCUGGGUUGGAGGAAUCAAGGACCGCGACCCUACAAUCCCCAGAUGUCGAAUGCGGCUUACCCUUAUCACCCAAUGGGUCCAAUGGGUGGAAUGACCAACCCGCCUGGCUCGAGCCUACCGAUGCGUGGAGGAAUGGGACCGCGACCACGAAUGGGACCUCAAGGCUCCAUGGGUGGCCAACCGAGUUUUAAGUUCACUCCCCAAGCUCGUAACCGUGAUUUCCCACAGAUGGCCCCGAAUCAAUCCGUCUCCAACCAACAGCCUCUUGUUUCUGAUUCCCUUGGCGAAUCUGGAGACUUGCUGUCCGCUCAAUCUCUCGCAGCAGCUCAUCCGCGCAUGCAGAAGCAGAUGUUAGGGGAGAAGCUUUUCCCAUUAGUUUCAAAACAUCAGCCAGAGCUUGCGGGAAAAAUUACUGGAAUGAUGCUCGAGAUGGACAACGCAGAAUUGCUGUCGCUUCUUGAGUCAGAGACGCAACUCCAAGCCAAGGUGGACGAGGCGCUUGGUGUGCUUCAUCGACACCAAGCGGUCCCUCCUUCAUCUCAACCGCCCGUCGUUAAUCCAGCAGCUUAA